CCUCUACAAUAUGUUUAUAUCAUUUUAUUUGCAAUAUUAAUUUUUCAUUAUUAUGUUAUCACUAAUGCAUGUAAAAUUGUUUAGCUGGUUAUAGUAGAAACAUUUGAAUCGUGUAUCAAAUAAUACAUAGUAACAAUGAUUAUAGGUUUUUGUCUCCUGUGGAUGGAAUCUAAAGAGGAAAAUGUUGCACUUACAAUCAUCCAAAGAGAUAAUACAUUAUCUAUAGAUGAAUCUCUACUAAUGUCCUUGUCUCAUAACAAGCCAAAAAAAUCGGUGACUACUACAAUAGUUCCGAAAGAUUAUAUUUGCACGCAGGGUGAUCUUGCACUCAUCGAUUGGAUUAAAGAAAUCCCUUGUGAACCAAGGGUAGAAGUCGUGCUUAUUGAUGAUGCUUUUGUGGAAAGGAAGUGGAUGGAAUGCCUAUUUCAACCGGACGCAUAUCUAGGUGAUGAGGUGAUAGACUGUUACAUAAAUUUAAUAAAAGCUCAAGAGCAUCUAAAAUGCCGAUCUGGAGGUCGUGUACACAUAGAAAAUGCUUUUCAGUUCAACUUUCUAAAGCGAGACGGUGAUCGCUGA